GUUCCGCGCAUGCGCGGUCCUCUCCCUUCUCGCUGAACGCCGACAUGGUAUUCAAGCGCUACGUCGAGAUUGGCCGGGUGGCCUACAUUUCCUUCGGCCCACAUGCCGGGAAGUUGGUGGCAAUAGUGGACGUCAUUGACCAGAACAGGGCUUUGGUUGAUGGCCCCUGCAGUGGUGUGAGAAGACAGGCUUUGCCCUUCAAAUGCAUGCAACUCACUGACUUCGUUCUCAAAUUUCCGCACAGUGCUCGUCAGAAGUAUGUUCGAGCUGCUUGGGAGAAGGAAAAGAUUAACGAGAAAUGGACAGCUACGAGAUGGGCCAAGAAGAUUGAAGCCCGAGAAAAGAAAGCCAAGAUGACAGACUUUGAUCGUUACAAGGUCAUGAAGGCAAAGAAAAUGAGGAACAGAAUCAUCAAGCAUGAAGUUAAGAAGCUCCAAAAGGCACCUUCCAAGAGAGCAGCUGCCAAAAGAGCCGCUGCCAAGAAGGCAUCUGUCAAGGAGGCCCCUGUCGAGAAAGCACCUGUCCAGAAAGUCCCUGCCAAGAAAGCCCCCGCCAAGAAGGCCCCCGUCAAAAAGGCCCCUGUCAAGAAGGCAUAAGGAGCUUUCAUGAAUCAAAUAAAAUUCCUGUUUGAUAUGUA